AUGUCUGCAACAUUUCCGCUGCCAUCAAGUCUGCCCCCGCACGAAAGCUUCAAGCGGACGCUGCGGAAGAACCAUCUUAAGCAGCUCCGCGAGGUAGAAAUUUCCCGAACGCACAUCCCUGGUACCCCUUUGCCGUUGCCUCCUGGCGCUCCGUCUCUAUACGACCAGCUCGUAGACUGGUCGAAGCAGGCAAGCGUGCAGAUUGCAGAGGCCGUCGCAAGCCAGGCUAUUAGCUCAACCACCAUCGGCUGGAAUAUCGGAGUUUUGACCUUGCUAGAGAGUGCAGCCGUCUAUCUCAGGGAUAACGAUACAGUGUUCCAGGCCGUGGCUGAGGCGCGUCGAAGGACCAACGAGGCCGAUGAACGUGCACUGCAGCUCCUUGCAGACUCGCAGACUGAAAUAAAGCAAAUAGCCGCUCUCUGGGGCCUCGAAUUCGAAGUCAUCUGUGAUCUCUUGACGUACUCCCCUGAAGGGCGUCCCUUUUUGAGUGGCCCAUACGCUGGUGUUUUCUGGCCCAAAGACACAAAUAAGCCGUUUUUAGGCCUCGCUUUUAAGGGAACGAAUGGUAAAAACUGGAAAGAGGUUCUCGUUGACUUGGAUUUCCCGAUGAUGAAGGCCAAGGGCAAGAUUCUCUGGGGAUCUCCGCUUCACAGAGGGUUUUACCAAACAAUGUUCGUCAAAUUCCCUGGAAUCGGAUCUGCCCCGCUCGACCUAGAUUAUAUCAAGGACAUGGUCGAUGCCUUCCUGCAGACUUACAAGGUCCCUGAGGGUAUUACAAUCAACCUCCACUCUACGGGACACUCUCUUGGAGCUGCGUACGCAACUCUCUGCUACUCCGAGCUCAUGCGUCUCUACAACAAUGCCCCCACUGAGCUCAAGCCCGAAGACGAUGAGCACGCCGAGCUUGCGCUCUUUUUCUCCCAGCUCAAGGAGCGUCAGUUUGUUCUACGCGACCUCUAUGCCUUCGGAUGCCCUCGCGUAGGUGGUGUCGAGGAUAACAUUAGCUGGGCGCAGAACUACAAGACCGCAUUGGACAACCACAUGGGGCAAUCGUGGCGCAUAGUGAACAAAGGUGACCCGGUGACGGACGUGCCUCCUGUCAUUCCCUUUAUCAGCACGUGGAACCAUAUUGACAAUGGAUACGAAAUCAACCCGCCAAAAGCGCUCCCGACAGAGAUUGGUACGCAGCCCGAAGUGAAGUUUCCACCAUUCGAUGGCUCAAACCAUGACCCGGAAAAGUAUUUCCAGAACCUAUACAAUGCUUCCAUUUCUGGCCUCAAGAGUACAGUUCCAGUUGAAUGGGUUGUAGCCGACGUAGAGCCUCCAAACGAUGCGGAUUUGGAGAAGGUGGAGGACGCAGCUGCGCUUGCUUCUGCGUGA